AUGCAGAUGCUGGCACGCUCUCGCCAGAGCCACGCCCCCGCGAAGGAGAACAAACCCUCCGUUGCCACGGCGACGGCGAAGCCUGUUGCGACGACGGCGACGACGACGACGACGAUGAAGCCCGUUGCCGCGGCGAUGAAGGAGGAGGCAGAGGAGAAGCGGGGGAUACUGAAGUCUCCGGCGUCACGGUCGGAUGGCGCGGCGCCGGCAUCCGCUGCCGCUUUCCAUCCAAUCAGCCUGAGCCGCGUGUUCUCCCCGGCGGCGUCACCUAGUGCCGGAAUCCUGAAGCGAAAGCUGCAGCAGCAGCAGCAGCAGCAGCAGCAGCGGGAGAAGACGACCGUGGCGCCACAGUCUCCCUCACCGCCGCAUAAAGUGAGGAGGGUGUCGUUCGCGUACCCGAUCGCGGAGACGAGCGAUGGAACGCCGGCGACGAAGGCACUGCAACGCUGCGUGCCACUCCGCCGAAGCUUCAAGCGCAAGGGACGCUAUUGCUCAAAGGGGGCGCCACCGUCCGACGUCGCAACGGCCGAGGAUCAGAUAGGGAAUCUCGAAUCUUCAACGGAUGAGAAGUGGAUGGAGGCGGCACACCGUCAACCAGACGCCACCAAGAUGGAUGCCAGCGACGAGGCAGUAGCAUCCACCCAGUCUGUCGUCGCCACGGAAACGCCGGAGGCUGCGACAGAAGCCGACGACGGCAAUGCUGUUAUUGCUUCGGCAGCAUCUGUGAAGUGGCCAGGGGGCGCCGCGGUAGAGCGCGUCGGUCGGUUCACCGUGUGUCGGUCGGAGCAGCUCAAUAUGUCGACAGAGGUGGCGCCACGGGUCAGCGAAUCCGGAGGACAGGAUACAGUAUUUACCGACGAGCACCCGACUUCCACGGAGUCCACACCACAGACCACAGCCGACCAGCUGCUGACCGAUCGAGUCACGGAGCUGUCCGCCCAUCUACGAGAACUCCCCACCAGGGCGGCGACACUGUCUGAUAGCGAUCUCUUUGAGCUCCAGCGGCGGCUCUACGAGGCCAUCGGUACGGUAACCGGCGUCAUUGAGUCUAGGUGGUCAUCGACAGGGUAGCCCGCUGGGACUGCAACCUUUGACCCCAAGUGGCCGUGGUGGCGACCUUUGGCCCCGGAGUGCCCGCGGUGGCGACCUUUGACCCCGGAGUGCCCGCGACAGCGACGGUCGCGUCUGUGAUGCAAUUUAUAUCGUAUUGUAAUUUCGAACUAUGAGAGAUUCAUG